CUGCUGUAACGCAGGGCACGCUGAGGUUGCGGAUGGAGGAUGUGUCGGUGGCGCGCCUGCCAACAGUUCUCAGCUGACAGCUAGUCAACUCUGCGCCCAAACUCCGAGCAAGGUUGCCUCUUCCACUGAAGGCCCAGCGAAGAGGUGUGUGCGUGGGCCAGGGGAGGGCCACCAUGGAUGACAGCUCGUCUCUGGGCAGAGUGAGCGGCUCCACUGAAUCUGUGUCCACUGUUACCAGUGAGGAGUUUGUGCUGGUGCCACCAUCGGCUGGGGGAUCACCAUCAAGCUCGGAGGGCAAGCCAAGACUCAAGAUGUCGUGGAACGGUAGUGAGCAGCUGCAGAAAGCCAUGGAGGAGGUAUUGGAGGAUGACGUCUUGCGAGAUGAACGGAGAGAGGGCGCACAGGAGGAUGAUGCCACGGGAGACCCUGCAACUCCAGUGGCCUCUGGCCCACAGAAACGGCCACCAAGUCUGACCCUGGAGUCCUGCCCUACAGAGGGCAGUGUAGGUUCAGCAGACAGUGCUGCUCCUGAGGAGGAUAGUGUCCAGUUCAGCAAGUUAUCCUACCUGGGUUGCACUUGGGUGAAGGCACCACGCAGUGAAUCGGAAGCCCAGAAAGCCAUGGCAACCCUGCGAGCUGAGAGUGCCAUCCCUAUCCCUGUGGUGCUCCACGUGCCCAACAUUACUGAAGGAUGUGUCAGGAUCGUGGACCAGGCAUCAGGCACAGAAAUUGCCUCCUUCCCCAUCUACAAGGUGCUGUUCUGUGCUCGGGGAAAAGACGGCACCCUGGAGGGCGACUGCUUCUCGUUCACCGAGAGCUACCGCAGCUCUGAGGACUUUCAGAUUCACGUCUUCUCCUGUCACAUUAAAGAGGCCGUCAGCCGCAUAUUAUACAGCUUCUCCACCGCAUUUAAGCGCUCCUCAAAGCCCGCACCAGAUGUCAGGGAUUCGGCAUUGCCCAUGUCACCGGAUGGCGAUGUUUACACCUUCACCGUCUCCAUGGAGGUGCGGGAGGAUGACGGCAAAGGCAAUUUCAGCCCAGUGCCUAAGGACAGAGACAAGUACUACUUCAAGCUGAGACAGGGCGUCCAGAAGAAGGUGGUGGUCAAUGUUCAGCAGAUGAACAACAAGGAGCUGGUAAUUGAGAGGUGUUUUGGCAUGCUGCUAAGCCCAGGCCAGAAGGUGCGCAACAAUGAUAUGCAUCUCCUGGACAUGGAGUCCAUGGGGAAGAGUGCAGAUGGGAAAUCCUACGUGAUCACUGGCACCUGGGACCCCACCGGCCCUGCUUUCCAGGUGCUGAAUGAAGACACACCAAAGGAUAAGCAAGUCUUCAUGACUGUAGCUGUGGAUUUAGUGGUGACUGAGGUUGUAGAGCCAGUCCGCUUCAUGAUGGAGGCCCUGGUGCGUGUCUAUCCAUCCAAUGAGAGAUUUUGGUAUUUCAGCCGCAAGACCUUCUCAGAGACCUUCUAUCUGAAGCUCAAACAGCAGGGCGGAGAGCGGAGCAGUGUGGGCGAUGCCACGCUGGAGGUGGUGAGCCUGCAGCGCCACUCGGAGAGGACCGACGGGGGACGAGGGCGCCUCCAGUCCCCCACAGAGGAGGAGGAGCCAGAGGAAGAUAGUGACAGUGAAAUUUCCAGCGGGACCGGUGACGUGUCCAAAGAUUGCCCCGAGAAGAUUCUAGAGUCUUGGGGCAGUAUUUUAAACAGAUGGCAUAGCAACCUGUCUGUGCGGCCUAAGGGUCUGUCUGCGCUGGUGCGUCCCGGCGUCCCGGAGGCCCUCAGAGCCGAGGUGUGGCAGCUGCUCUCCGACUGCCAUAGUGACCAUGACCUGCUGGAACGCUACCGCAUCCUCAUCACCAAGGACUCUGCACAAGAGGGAGUCAUCACACGGGACAUCCACCGAACCUUCCCUGCUCAUGACUACUUCAAGGACUCCAAUGGCGAUGGCCAAGACUCCCUCUACAAGAUCUGCAAGGCCUACUCUGUCUACGACGAGGAGAUUGGCUACUGCCAGGGACAGUCCUUUUUGGCAGCCGUUCUGCUGCUUCAUAUGCCGGAGGAGCAGGCCUUCUGUGUCCUGGUGAAGAUCAUGUAUGAGUAUGGACUAAGGGCUCUUUACAAAAACAACUUUGAAGAACUGCACUGCAAGUUCUAUCAGCUGGAGCGAUUGCUGCAGGAGCAGCUGCCGGAGCUGUGGUCCCACUUCGAGGAGAUGAACCUGGAGGCCCAUAUGUACGCCUCCCAGUGGUUCCUCACGCUCUUCACCGCCAAGUUCCCCCUCUGCAUGGUCUUCCACAUCACUGACCUGCUGCUCUGUGAGGGUUUAAACAUCAUCUUCAAUGUGGCCCUGGCUCUCCUGAAGACCUCUAAGGAGGACCUGCUGCAGGCUGAUUUCGAGGGCGCCCUGAAGUUCUUCCGGGUGCAGCUGCCCAAGCGCUACCGUGCUGCUGAGAACGCCAGGCGCCUCAUGGAGCAAGCCUGCAACAUCAAGGUGCCAACCAAGAAGCUGAAGAAGUUUGAGAAAGAGUACCAGUCUUUGCGAGAGAGCCAGCUGCAACAGGAGGAUCCCAUUGACAGAUAUCAGAGAGAGAAUCGGCGGCUGCAGGAAGCCAGCAUGCGUUUGGAGCAGGAGAACGACGACCUCGCUCAUGAGCUGGUCACCAGUAAGAUCGCCCUGAGAAACGACCUGGACCAGGCAGAGGACAAGGCAGACGCUUUGAACAAGGAGCUGUUGAAUACCAAACAGCGUCUGGUGGAGACGGAGGAGGAGAAGAGGAGACAAGAGGAGGAGACCGCACAGCUGAAGGAGGUCUUCCGGAGAGAGCUGGAGAAAGCAGAGUCUGAGAUCAAGAAGACCACCGCCAUCAUCGCUGAGUACAAACAGAUCUGCUCUCAGCUCAGCACCAGACUGGAGAAGCAGCAGGCUGCCACUAAAGAGGAGCUGGACAUUGUGAAGAGUAAGGUGAUGUCGUGCGAGCGCUGUCGGGAGGUGUUCAGCAAGGACGGGCCGCUGCAGAUGCCGGCCAUGUCGCGGGACAGCCAGCCGUCGGAGCAGGACGAGGAGAAGGACUCCAUGAAGGCCCAGCUGAGGGAGCUGGAGCUGGAGCUGGCCCAGACCAAGCUGCAGCUGGUGGAGGCCAAGUGCAAGAUCCAGGAACUGGAGCAUCAGAGAGGGGUCCUGAUGACUGAGGUGCAGGCGGCCAAGAACUCCUGGUUCAGCAAAACCCUGGGCUCCCUAAAGACGUCCUCCAGCAACCAGACCCCUCCCUCACCCAAAGAGGGCUAGCAGGGUAGUGGGG